GGGCGCGGCGGCGCGCGCCGGCGGCCAUGUCGGAGCUGGCGCAGGAGGAGCUGUCGGCGCUCGCCGCCAUCUACUGCGAGCCGGGCGCCUGCGAGGUGCUGGCGGCCUCAGAGACUCAUGGAAUCUCAUUUAGAAUUCAAAUCAGUGUGAAAGAAGUGCUGGAUACAGAUGUACUUUUAAAGCUGUUAUUUCAUUUACCAGUCAAUUACCCAUCAACUGUACCGGACAUUUCUGUUAACUCAGACCAGCUUACAAGGGCCCAGUGUAUGGAUGUGAGAGAGAAAUUACUUGAACAAGCAAAGAAGCAUCUUUCUGAGCCCAUGGUACAUGAUCUGAUUCUUUGGGUACAGCAGCAUCUUAAAGAUGUCAUUAAGCAAUCAGCGACAGUUGGCGAGGGAAAAACUACUUUGUCAAAAGGAACUGAAGAUGGUAUCUGGAUGCUCCUUUUGCAUUUAGAUCACAUGAGAGCAAAGGCAAAAUAUGUGAAAACUGUGGAAAAAUGGGCUUCAAAUCUAAGGCUGACUGGAAGACUGAUGUUCAUGGGCAAGAUAAUAUUGAUUCUUCUUCAGGGUGACAGGAGCAGCAUUAAGGAAUACUUGAUUCUUCAGAAAACUUCUAAGGUAGAUGUGGACUCAAGUGGAAAGAAAUGCAAAGAGAAAAUGAUGAGAGUACUGUGUGAGACAGAACUACAGUCCCAGCAUAAAAGAUUUCAGAUGUUUGAAGUCAAAGAAUAUUCAGCACCGGAGGAGCUACAAAAGGAAUUUGAGACUGCAGGACUUACAGCUCUUUUCACUGAGUUUAUUCCUCCUCUCUUAAAAUAAAAUUGAAAGAAUCCACUGGACCUCUGACCAAAGCAGUAGUUGACUGCAGAUGCUGAUGGAAGAUACAAGGACUAAUGUGGCAAAACAAUCUUGAAGCUUUUCUGCAAAAAAUACCAGUAAAUACCAGUAGCAGUCAUCCUUUUGCAAGAAGGAGGGAAUUAAUACAUUAAGAACUGAUAAUUUUUUGAUAUUUAUGUCAAAAAACAAUGUGAUGUUGAUUGUUAUAAUUGCAUGGCAAGCAUGAGAGACUGGGAAGAAAUAAUGUUUAAAAAAUAGUCUUCUAGUCAGACUCUGUUUUAUAGUCCCUGCUUUUCAAUGCUCUGUUUCUUCUCUCUCGUGGUAGAAUGUGUCAAUAAUGGCCUGUUAGAACACAUGACUAAUUUUGCUUUGGAAGACUGUAUGAAGGUAUUUCCAUAAAAAACAUAGCAAACACACAUUUAAAUAUGUGAGGACAGCAUAUACUUAAUGUCCCUUAGGAAUUCAUAUGCCAGUUUUUCAUUCUCCCCUUAAUUGACUACAAAUACUAGAUGGUUCUUUUGAAGAAAAUCAACCCUCACUUGAGGGCUGAAAAAAAACUUAGACGUGUCUUUUUGAAUAUUAGUUUUUAUUCUGAAAUUUGUAAAAACACCCAUGUGGAGGAUUUAAAUUGAUAAAAAGCUGAGGUAGAGCCAAUUGUAAUAUUUUCUUUGAUAGUUUACAGAUGUCUCUUUGCACUUUAUCUGGUUUUACUGUCUGUGCAGCUUCAGAUAUCUUGAUUCAAUUAAACUAUUGGAGCAGUAUAUAUACAGACUUCAGUCUUCCAUCUUUCAAGGCUUCUGCCAAGUUGUUUUUGCUUGUUUGUUUGGGUUUUUUGGAUUGGUCACUGGCCUUGGCCAACCGGUAAUUUUUUUUUAUCAGUAGUUUGUGUUUUACAUCUGUUUAAUGUUACAAAUUAUAUGCAUGAGUUCAUGAAUUGUGCAAGUUCUGUUUACCCAGGGACGAUUGGAUACUUAUUUAUUAUGAUUAUUAAUGUGUGUUCUUUGGUUUCUAUUUUACCUGAAACCAUUCUCUAACAAGACUAGAUAAAUUAUCCAGUAAAAAAAAAGUUUUGCAGUCCUGAUUUUCUUAGUAGCUAGCACUGCCAUUUGCCAUUUCAAUUGGUUUUAGCAUGGAGCUAAACAUGUGCUUUACUGCUCUCUAUAAUUGUCUCAGAAGCCAAAUGUCUCAUGUGUUCUGUAAUUAAACAGAUUUGAUCAA